AUGGCCUUCUCCUGCAAGAGCCCCAUAACAACCAUCUCUGCUGGUGAAUGGUUUCAACUACCUCCUGAGAUGAUCGGAGAGAUUUUCUCUUUCCUUCCAUCCCCAUAUUUAUUUGAAUGGAAAUAUUUAGCCGUUUGGAAGAAGGUUUUUAACAAAAUCUUGAAGAGAUCUCUAUCGGAUUCAACCAUUUCCCAAGAAUGUUGUAAUAAUCAUGAUGAGGACUUGAGGGAUUUACACAAAAUCCUACUCGAUCGGUUAAAUCGAAAAAUAUUCUUUAGAGAUUCCUUGAAAUCACAAAAAUAUCUUUCUACUAUUGAAAUGAUGUGUUUUUUAUUUCAAAUAAGUUGUGCGAAAUUCAAUGUUCCAAAAAUUCCAUCUUCUUUGGUGAGAACGCGUUAUGGAGAUUUCUAUGAUGAAGAAGAAAUUCAAAAUGACAACAUGUGUACUGAAAGUUUAGAUUUUAUUUAUGAUUUAUUGCGUAUUCCAACAAAAUUCAGAUAUUUAUUUAAUAGUGAAGAAAAAUUGUCGAACAUGAAAGAUUUUGUAACUUUGAAACAUAUUCGAACAUACAAUGAAAAUGAUACACAACAACGUGUUCACAUUCAAAGAUACUUGAAAUGUGACUCAAAACGGCAAUUGAGCCAUUUUGUUCAACACUUUCAAUCCAAACAAUGGACCAUUUCAGAGUUACAAUUUAUAUUUACAUUUGUCUCCCAAAAUAUUUAUAUUUACUUGUGGCACUAUGAAAGUACAAUCACUGUAGUUCUUAAACUUGCGAAAGAGCCAAUUGCCGUGAAUUGGAUGAUACCUUCAUCCUCAUUAAUAAUAGUGAAAUUGAUCAAUGACGAUAACGAUGUUGGUGGUAACAAUGAAGAGUUUUGGAAAGUACAUUGCAUUGAAUACAAGAGUCGUUUUUCUCCAUCAUUUCAUGGAUUUAGAUCAAUGCUUCAGAAAUUCAAGCUAUCGCUUACACAAAACGAAUAUGAAGAUGUUAAACAGUAUACCAUGUACAAGCGUAUGAAAAGGAAUCAAAUUUUUACCAACAAAGAAACUCCAGUGACUUCUCUAACGACAAUGCCAACAUUCAGCUCCUUACAUCCUAUCAUCAAAUCACUGCUAGACAGCUAUAUUUUAACCCCAAACAACGAAUCAAACAAGCAACAGAAAAAUAGAAGUUCUACAAAAAUGAUGUUUCCAUACAGCCCUAAUCGUACGCUGAAUCCUAGAUGUAUCCGACUGAGAGGUCAGAUAUUUCUUGCCAACAACAAGGAGAUGAAUUUUCAAAUUUUCACAAAUUUAAGCUCACAUGUUGAUUCCACACUAGACAACUGCAGCAAUAUCAAGCAACAAUUGAAACUUCCCUCGAAAUACUUUGUUUAUUUUGCUCAUUUUCUUUCUCAACGAACCAUGAUUUUAAAAACAGAGAAAUCCUUACAAGAAAUAUUUUUACAACGAUAUUGUUUUCCAUUGUUUGGAAUUGAAGAUUGUUCUUUGCAUGCCGAGACCACUGAACAAAAUCUUUAUUUCUUGUUACGAAAUGGUGAUAUGAUUAAGAAAGGUGAUAAGAAAAACCGAUUCAAAGAUCUUGAAAAUAUGAAAAGACCAUGUGAUGCUAUUGAAAAAUAUGAAUUAAGUGUGACAAAGAACCCCCUAAACAAGAUACGAUCUGUACAGAAAAUACGACACUCUUUCCAGGUACAACUAACACUGAAGCCUCGAAUGGUGCCAAAGAUUGUCGCAAAACUUGGAUGGUUUGCAUUAUUUGCAUUUAUUCCAUGGUUGACUGGACUCUUUCUGAAUUGGAGAAUAACAUCAGCAACCUAUGGCGCAACCUAUGAUUGGCGAUUGCAUGAACGACUUCCAAUUUUAGCGUUAUUCUUUGUGUGUGAAACAUGGUUUAACAUGUUCCUGUUGUAUGAGCUCUUUUGGAUUGGGUAUGAUGCCACUUUUGAAACUCUAUACACUCCAUUGAUCAUGCAAAAGGAAGUGUAUAUCUGA